CGUCCUACUUGCAGUACAUCGCUAUAUACCCCCUCUUCACGAUGCAGAGCGACGACGUGAUCUGGUCCGUCAUUAACCAGCAAUUCUGCUCGUACAAAGUCAAAACCACGACACAGAACUUUUGCCGCAAUGAGUACAAUGUUACGGGGUUCUGCAACAGACAGAGCUGUCCGCUCGCGAAUUCGCGGUAUGCGACCGUACGAGAGAAGGAGGGAGUGCUAUACCUAUAUAUGAAAACUAUUGAACGUGCUCACUCUCCUGCACACAUGUGGGAACGUGUCAAGCUCUCAAACAACUACUCAAAAGCCCUGGAGCAAAUCGAUGCAGAGCUGAUCCACUGGCCAAACUUCGUGAUCCAUAAAUGCAAGCAACGAGUUACAAAGAUAACGCAAUAUCUCAUCAAUAUGCGCCGACUGCGCCUACGCCAACAACCCAAGCUGAUCGGCGUGAAAAAGAAGCUCGACCGACGAGAAGCCGUGCGCGAGCGCAAAGCCCUCUCUGCUGCACGCCUCGAGCGCGCCAUCGAGGCCGAGCUGCUCGAGCGUCUGAAGAGCAAGGCGUAUGGUGACGCGCCACUGAACGUGAACGAGGAGGUGUGGCGCGCAGUAUUGGACCGGGAGAAUAAGGGGAAGGAGAAGGCGAAGGCGAGCGAGGAUGAGUUGGAAAUGAUGGAUGACGAGACGGAUGAGGAGCUGGAGGAGGAGGAGGAAAAUGAGUGGGACGAGAGGGAGUUCGUCAGUGACAUGAGUGGAGAAGAAGAUGAGUUGAGUGACCUGGAGGGUGUUGAAUCGGAGGAGGAUGAGGGAAGCAGCGAAGAGAGUAGUGAGGACGAAGACGAGGAUUCGACGCAAAAGACGGCACUCGGCAAACGGAAAGCAGCACCAAAAGCACAGAAGCCGCAGCGCAAAAAGCCAGAGAAGAAAGCGCGCCGUGGACCGCGAGUGGAGGUGGAAUACGAACAGGAGAUGGAAACCGUCCCGCUCACGAAGGAGGCUCUCUCGAGUUGGUAG